AUGUCGACCGCCUCAACAACGCCAACUUCACCAUAUAAGCACAUCGACGACGUCGAAAGACUCGACUUCUAUCGCCCGGGGGGCUAUCAUCCCAUUGAGAUUGGGGAGAGACUUCAAGACCGAUAUAGUAUUGUACACAAGCUCGGUUUUGGUAGUUACUCGACCAUUUGGCUGGCGCGAGACGAGCAAUUGGCCAAGUAUGUGGCCAUCAAAGUUGGCACGGCGGACCACAGCUCCCAAGAGGUCGACAUUCUAAGCCAAUUCUCCGCUCGAGCCAUCGAGAGCGUACAGUUUGGCGGAAGUUUGGUCCCUUUGAUACUGGAUCGCUUUAAUCUCAACGGACCAAAUGGAACACAUCCAUGCGCUGUCAUUGCGCCGGCAAGAUGCAACGUUGCCGAAGUCUUGGAGCCAGGCUCUGGCCCGUUCCAGCUAUGCGUCGCCAGAUCACUUGCCGCCCAGCUUGCUAUAGCAGUUGCGUACGUUCAUCAACUGGGUUAUGUUCACGGGGACGUUCAUAUGGGAAACAUCCUUCUCCAGUUGCCAAGUCUCGAUCAUCUUUCCGCCGAGCAACUAUACGAAGAAUUUGAUCCGCCAGAACCUGAACCUAUUGUCAGAGUUGAUGGACAACCGCUCUCACCAGGUGUUCCACCCCAUGUCUAUCCGCCGAUCUGGCUCGGUAAGCCUGGCGACGAAGUCACCCUCACUGAAGCCAAGCUCGUCCUCGCCGAUUUUGGUACGGCGUUCUGCCCUUUACAGGAAUCAAGGUUUGAGUCCUACACGCCACUUCAGAUCCGUCCACCUGAAGCAAGGUUCGAGCCGACAACGCCGCUGUCAUAUGCAUCUGAUAUCUGGAGUCUCGGGUGUGUAAUAUGGGGAAUGCUUGGAGUGAGACCAUUCCUCGAUAAGUGGUUAUUUGGGCCAGAUGAUGCUACUGCGGAUCAGAUCGAUGCCCUUGGAUCGAUGCCGGAUGAGUGGUGGGAAACUUGGGAGGGGAGGUCAAAGCGUUUCAGCGAAAAUGGGAGGCCAAAGGAGGGGCGUGAGGUAUGGACUUUUGAUCAACGGUUCCAAGAUGCGAUCCAAGAGCCGAGAAGGAGAAGGGGACUGGAGGCGAUGAGCGAUUCAGAAAGAGAUGCUCUGUGCAAGAUGAUAAAGGGCAUGCUCGUUUUCAAACCUGGUGAUCGUCUUAGCGCAGAGGAAGUGCUGCGAUCAGACUGGAUGAGGACGUACGCGAUUUCCGAAGCCGAGAAGACUUGGGAACGGAAGUUGCUCUGCAACGACCUCACGCUCACAAAUGGAUGCAAUUUGUAG